ACUACAGGUCGACUCACCACCUCACCACCAAUGGCUUCUAUGAGUUCCUGAACUGGUUUGAUGAAAGAGCCUGGUACCCUCUGGGCAGGAUAGUAGGGGGCACAGUUUACCCAGGCCUUAUGGUCACAGCGGGCCUUAUCCACUAUGUGCUCAACCUGCUGCACAUUACUGUCCACAUCCGAGACGUGUGUGUGUUCCUUGCCCCAGUGUUCAGCGGCCUGACCUCCAUCUCCACCUUUCUGCUGACAAGGGAGCUGUGGAACCAGGGAGCGGGGCUGCUGGCAGCCUGCUUCAUCGCCAUCGUCCCCGGCUACAUCUCUCGCUCCGUGGCUGGCUCCUUUGACAAUGAAGGCAUUGCUAUCUUUGCCCUGCAGUUCACCUAUUACCUCUGGGUGAAGUCUGUGAAGACGGGAUCUGUCUUCUGGGCCAUCGGAUGCUGUCUUUCCUACUUCUACAUGGUUUCAGCUUGGGGCGGCUACGUGUUCAUCAUCAACCUUAUUCCUCUUCAUGUAUUUGUCCUGCUGCUCAUGCAGCGCUUCAGUAGGAGAGUCUACAUAGCAUACAGCACCUUCUACAUCAUCGGCCUGGUCCUGUCCAUGCAGAUCCCCUUUGUGGGCUUUCAGCCAAUCAGGACCAGUGAACACAUGGCCGCAGCAGGUGUGUUUGUACUGCUUCAGGUCUACGCCUUCUUGCAAUACCUGAAGGACAGACUGACCAGGCAGGAGUUCCAGACUCUUUUCUUCUUGGGAGUGUCUCUGGCUGCUGGAGUGGUUUUUCUCUCCGUCAUCUAUCUGACAUACACAGGGUACAUUGCUCCAUGGAGUGGGCGCUUCUACUCCCUCUGGGAUACUGGCUACGCUAAGAUCCACAUUCCCAUCAUAGCAUCAGUGUCUGAGCACCAGCCCACCACAUGGGUGUCCUUCUUCUUUGACCUUCACAUCCUCGUCUGUACUUUCCCAGCAGGCCUUUGGUUCUGCAUUAAGAACAUCAAUGAUGAACGUGUCUUUGUGGCCUUGUACGCUAUCAGCGCUGUGUAUUUUGCUGGCGUGAUGGUGCGGCUGAUGCUGACCCUGACUCCAGUGGUGUGCAUGCUGUCGGCGGUGGCCUUCUCCAGUGUCUUUGAACACUACCUGGGUGAUGACAUGAAGAGACAGAGCCCGCCUGCAGAAGACAGCAGCGACGAGGAUGACAGGAAAAACGCAGGCAACCUCUACGACAAGGCUGGGAAGGUGCGUAAACAUGUAUCAGAGCAGGAGAAGGCAGAGGAGGGCCUGGGCCCCAACAUCAAGUCCAUAGUCACCAUGCUGAUGCUGAUGCUGCUCAUGAUGUUUGCUGUCCACUGUACCUGGGUCACCAGUAACGCCUACUCCAGCCCCAGUGUAGUCUUGGCCUCCUACAACCAUGAUGGCUCUCGUAACAUCCUGGAUGACUUCAGAGAGGCCUACUACUGGCUGAGGCAGAACACAGACGAGCAUGCCAGAGUGAUGUCGUGGUGGGACUAUGGCUACCAGAUAGCAGGCAUGGCCAACAGGACCACGCUGGUGGACAACAACACGUGGAACAACAGUCAUAUAGCACUGGUGGGCAAAGCCAUGUCAUCCAAUGAGACUGCAGCCUACGAAAUCAUGAGGUCACUGGAUGUUGACUAUGUCCUUAUCAUCUUUGGAGGCGUGAUUGGCUACUCAGGCGAUGACAUCAACAAGUUCCUGUGGAUGGUGCGCAUCGCAGAGGGGGAGCACCCCAGGGACAUCAGGGAAAGCGAUUACUUCACCCCCCAGGGAGAGUUCAGAGUGGAUAAAGCCGGCUCCCCCACCCUGCUCAACUGCCUUAUGUACAAGAUGUCUUACUACCGCUUUGGAGAGAUGCAGUUGGACUUCCGGACGCCACCAGGCUUUGACCGGACCCGCAACGCCGAGAUCGGCAACAAGGACAUCAAGCUGAAGCACCUGGAGGAAGCCUUCACUUCAGAGCACUGGUUGGUCAGGAUUUACAAGGUCAAAAAGCUGGAGAACAGGGACCGUGUGGAGCACAAGCUGCGAGGCACCGACACCACCAAGCAGAAGUACACCUCCAAAAAGACAGCCAAGAGGAAGCGGGGAUAUGUCAAGAACAAGCUUUCCCUCAAGAAGGGCAAGAAACUGACCAAGAAAUCUUUAUAGGAAGUCCACCACCAACAGAGGCAGACUGUGGACGGGAGGGAGGAAGAAAAUCUUACACACAGAACUCUCAACAAUAACACGCAGCAGCAACAGUAAAAUUUAAAAACAUCCACCAAUCAAGACGAUUAAGGAACACCGGAGCUUCUCCAGACCCCUGUCAUCCCGAGCGUCCUCACCUGGAGGCCCAGGCUGGAAAUGUCAUCAUCACCCAGGAAACCACAGAAAGCGCUGAACCCCAGCUGACCUUUGACCUGAUAAGUGGGGCCGAGGAGAAGAGACGGAGAACUGGAGAUGUCUGCAAGUCCGAGAUCCUCCCCACGCUGGUUUUAACCUGAGGAACUGUGACCUUUGACUCGCUUUUCUUUUGUACUUGAACGUGAUGGGAGACGGAGAGCAAGAGAGAUUAGCUGUCCUUCAUCCAGGGACUCUGUUUGGGGCGGCUCUAUGCAUUGCAUCAAUCACACAGAUAUAGAAAAUCAAUCACUUCACUGUGUCUCAAAUUCACCAGUAAAACCCUAAACUGGCUCCAACUGGGCAUCUUCUUGGUGAGCAUUCAUCUGAACUCGUACUGCUGCGCUGACAGGACACAUUCUUUGAGGAAAAUUCUGGUUUGAUGAAACCUGGCUCUUAUUUUCAUAGCUUACAUCAGCUGUAACACUAUGCUGACAGUGACAUGAUUAAAAAGAAGUCCAGCAGAAACAUCCCAUCAGACAGGUUGUAAACAAACCUCCAGGUUGGAUCAAAGACAACUAAAUGAACAAUUACAGCCCACGUUGUUAUUAACUUCCAUUGUAGUUUAUGGGGGAGUUUCCUCCGUCAACUUUAAUUAUCAUACUCGACUUAAUUGCGCCAUUCUUCUCCACAAUUAGUUAUUUUUCCAUAAACGUAUUCUCUUUCAGUUUUAGCAACCAUGUAAAGGAUGUUGAAGGCUGAAUGGUGUGGGACUACAAGAAGCAGAUUUUUUUAAGAGUGCCAGAGACAUCCUAACUUUCGUAAGGAGACUCCAAAAACACUAGAACCUACAUUUCCCAUAAUGCAGCUGGAUGGCUGAUCGUAAAAUCAGUGGCAUUGCAGCUUUAAAGUCGUCUGUUUACAACCUUCUUGAUCAGCUGACUUCUUGCUUCUUGGCUUUAAUACAAAUACGGCCACAACUAUGAAAGUAAGCCAGGAAUAAAUCCGAAUUAUCCUUAAAGCUAUGUGCACUAUUAUCUGUAGUGUCCGUACUUUACAGAGAGAUGACCACGGUUGAGUUUAACAUGAACAUAUCUCUAUUGGGAAGCCAUGCCAAGACAUGAGGCCUACUUUUUAUCACUUAAAAAUGAUUAAUGAAUGAAUAUGUGCUCACACAGUUGGACACAAUCCAUCUCAGUCUGUGAGUAAGUCUCACCAGUAACACUAGCAAACAGCGCUGCAAACUGCAGGUUUCCUGAACAACCAGGUCAGCCUGACGGUGAAUUAGACUGAGCAGGAUUGAGUGCCACUGUCAUAAAUCAUUUGGGAUUCACUACCACUUUAAAGUUAAUGGAGACCAUGUGCUUGCUUUUUGUUUUGUUAGCAGCUUAUGCUAACAGGGGAUGUGUGUCAUGUCUGUCAUUGUGACCAUUAAAAAGCCAUUUGAAGUGUAGCGCUCAUUUGCAAACUAAAACAAUGUGAAGGGAAAGCAGCAGCACAAACACCCAGCUGUUAGUCCACGCAGCCUGCUGUCAGAAUGUGUCCCUGAGGCCUGAUUCCCUUUCAUCUCCUGUCACAUGUCCCACUGCACUCUGUAGAUACCAGACGGCUUCUCCCUCCACAGGUAUAGAACCAGGAUCAAACACUCUGCUCUCACUGCUCAUUCCCUCGUGAAUUUAGAAGAAUGUCCUCUGAGCUGUCAGCAGCAGCAGCAGCAGGAGUUUGUGUGGUUUCAGAGGGUUACACCAACAUUACAUUCUAGUGGUUCAUUUGAAUUGGAUGAAUUCUCACUGGUUUCUAAUUUGUUCCCUCUGUAAACCGAACCAUCUAUCAUUUAAUCCGCCUUAUUCCAUCUCUUUAAGAUACUCACGUCCAUCUUGCGUGGCCUGACUUGGAUUCUGUUGUGAGGCUUAUUCAGAAAACCAAUGUCAGAGACUCCAGGUGGAAAGGACAGAAAAGGCCUUAAAAUAAAAAAUGAAAAAAAUCAUAUCGUCUCCAGAGCUGCACAGUCAGCGGGUGUAUUUAUUACAUGGACGACGGGGGCUGCGGUGAUUAAAGCGAGUGCAGCAUCCUAUCACGUAAUGCAAGGGUUUUAUUUGGUUUUGAUUUUUCCAAGUCAAAGGUUCUUCCAUCAAUUGUAAUGAUCUGGAUGCAGGUGUGAGAAUGAAACAUGCCUUUUUGAAUAAAGAGGUUGAAAUAA